AAAAAAAAAAACUUGGCGUUUUGUUUUCAUUUAUAAAUUUACUUAAAAAAUAGAAAUAACUAAGUAGGCUCGUUGUUACCAAAUGCCCCAUGCCUUUCGUUUCGCUAAAAAAAUUCUAAAGACACCGAAACAGUCGAAAGCGGUUAGAUCUAAGACGUAGUUACCGGGGAUUAAGAAGCGUUUCCCGAAUUGACCAGUUUGCUUUUUUAAGCCCAGUCGUCCGGUGUUCAUCGUUAUGGAUAUACAACAACUGGAGGUACUCUGCAAGCAACUUUACGAGGCCACCGACAUUAGCAUUCGUGCGGAGGCGGAAAAAGCCCUUGUGACCUUCGUCAACAGCCAGGAUGCUUUGCCCAAGUGCCAGUUGCUGUUGGACCGGGCCGACUCCAGCUACGCCCAGCUGCUGGCCGCCUCCACGCUCACCAAACUGAUCCAGGGACUGAGUCUCGAGCAGCGCAUCGACAUACGCAGCUAUGCCCUCAACUACCUGGCGACGCGGCCCAAUCUGCAGCACUUUGUUGUCCAGGCUUUGGUUACUUUGUUGGCCAAGAUCACCAAGUUCGGAUGGUUCGACACCUUCAAGGGCGAGAUGGUGUUCCAGAACCUGCUGGAGGAUGUCAAAAAGUUCUUGCAGGGCUCCGUUGAGCACUGUACAAUCGGCGUUCAAAUUCUAUCGCAACUGGUUUGCGAAAUGAACUCUAUUGUGGAGCUGGACGUCCACUUGUCCUUUUCGAAAAAUCGAAAAAUAGCCACUUCCUACCGGGACCAGCAGCUCUACGACACCUUUCUCCUAUCCUGCUCACUGCUGAUCACGGCCCGCGAAAAUAGCAAAAAUAUUAAUUUCAUGGACGAAUCGCAACAAGCGCUAAUAUCGCACGUGUUGCGUCUAACGAAAAAUUGCCUGAGCUUUGACUUUAUUGGCAGUUCGACAGAUGAGUCCGCGGACGAUAUGAACAACGUUCAGAUACCCACAGCUUGGCGCCCUGCAUUCUUAGAUUCGAACACACUUAAACUUUUUUUUGAUUUAUACCAAAUUUUGCCCAAUGGUUUAGCUAGCUACUCCAUAUCCUGCCUGGUACAAAUGACAUCUGUGCGUCGGUCUCUUUUUAGUAAUUCGGAGAGAACGAAAUUUCUAACGCAUUUGGUCGAGGGAGUACGCGACAUAUUGACCAGCUUGCAUGGCCUGAGCGACCCAGAUAACUAUCAUGAAUUCUGCCGCCUGCUGGCUCGCCUCAAGUCCAACUAUCAAUUGGGCGAACUUAUAGCGGUGCCAUGUUAUCCCGAAGCAAUUGAACUGAUAGCUAAGUUUACUGUCCAAUCCCUGCAUCUGUGGCUCUUUGCACCGAAUAGCGUGCAUUACUUGCUCACCCUGUGGCAACGUAUGGUUGCCUCGGUGCCCUAUGUCAAGUCCCCGGAUCCCCAUUUGCUGGGUACCUACACGCCGGAGGUGAUAAAGGCCUACAUUGAUUCGCGCCUGGACGCAGUGCCCGUGAUUGUGCGCGACAAUCUAGAGGAUCCGCUGGACGAUCUGUGCAUGGUGCAGCAGCAGCUGGAGCAGCUGUCGGUGAUCGAGAGGUGCGAGUACAACAAGACUUGUGGCCUUCUCGUUCAGCACUUUGAUCAGAAGGCCCGCGAGUACGAGAAUCUUCUGCAGACGCCCAACGCCAAUCCCAUUGAUAUCACCAUACACGAGCUGCAGCUAACGUGGCUGGUCUAUAUAAUCGGAUCGGCCAUUGUGGGUCGUCUUUCGGUCACCACAAGCGAUGAGCACGACACCAUGGACGCCGAGCUCGUGAUAAGAGUUCUGCAACUGAUGAGCCUAACCGAUGCUCGCCUGCCGCAGGCUGGCUGCGAAAAGCUGGAGCUGGCCAUCCUCAGUUUCUUGGAUCAGGUGCGCAAAAUGCACAGCAGCGAGCAGGCCCAAAAGGCCAAUGUGUACAAGAGACUAAGCGAGGUGUUCGGCCUGAGUGACGAGCAGAUGCUUUUAAGUUUUAUAAACCGUAAAAUUAUUACAAAUCUUAAGUUUUGGGGACGCUCCGAGCCGAUCAUUACAAAAACCCUGAUGCUACUCUCCGAUCUCUCUGUGCACUUCAACUCGGUGCGCAAGCUGGCGCGUCUGGAGGAGGUUCAAUUUAUGCUGACGCACCACACCAGCGAACAUUUCCCAUUCCUAGGAACGAAUUCAACGCUGAGUGAGAUGCGAUGUCGCACCAUGUUCUACACUUCGCUGGGCCGCCUGCUGAUGUUCGAUUUGGGCGAGGAUGAGGAGAGAUUCUACAAUUUCCUGGAGCCUUUAACAAACCAAUUCGAGUCCCUUGGCUCUGUGCUGAUGGACACCAAUAUAUUUCCUAAUGAUGAGGCUAAAAAGGCCACCAUCGGCCUGGCUCGCGACCUUCGUGGCCUGGCGCUGCCGCUGAACGCCCGCAUUCAGUACACCAUGCUCUUCGAGUGGCUUUACUAUGCGGACUAUCUGCCCAUACUGCUGCGCGCCAUGGAACUGUGGGCUCACGAUCCUGCCGUUACGACACCAGUGCUUAAACUGUUUGCCGAACUGGUGCAUUGCCGCACCCAAAGGCUCGCGGGCAAUGUGUCCAGCCCCAUGGGCAUUCUCCUAUUUCGCGAGGCCUCGAAACUUAUUUGUAUAUACGGCAACCGCAUUCUGCAUCAGGAUGUUCCGCGCGAUCGACUGUACCCGAUGAGACUUAAAGGAAUUGCCAUAUGCUUCUUGAUCUUAAAGAACUCGCUUGGUGGAAAUUAUGUUAAUUGCGGCGUAUUCAAGCUGUACGGAGAUGAUACAUUGGACAACGUACUGAAUACCAUCGCAAAGUUAAUACUCUCUAUACAGCAGAGCGAUCUACUGGAAUACCCAAAAUUAUCGACGGCCUAUUACAAUUUACUGAAUUGCCUAUCACAAGAUCAUGUUUCUUACCUGGCAGCCCUGGAGCCUUCUGCAUUCGUUUACAUACUAAAAAGCCUCACCAAGGGACUUGCGGCAUUAGAUUCAGCCAUUUAUAUAAGUUGCUGCACAAUUUUGGAUAGUAUUGUUUCAUACAUCUUUAAGCAGCUACAGAUGAAAGUUUCCACAUUUCCAAACAAAAAGCUUCGCAGUUUAAAUCAAGAAAACGCGCAAUUUUUGAAGGUUGUUGAAAUGAACUCUGAGCUGCUUCAGAGUAUGAUGUCCUCGUUGUUGAACAACGUUUUGGCUGAGGACUGUCGAAAUCAGUGGUCGAUGUCACGACCACUGCUGGUACUUAUCUUGCUCUAUGAGGACUAUUAUCGAUCCCUGAAAGACAGAAUCAUCUGUGGGCAGCCGAUGGAAAAACAACAGACAAUGGCUCAAUGGUUCGAUGACCUGAUGGUUGGAAUUGAGCGAAAUGUUUCCAGUAAAAACAAAGAAAAGUUCACCCAAAACCUGUCAACAUUUCGCCGCGAUGUGGUCAACUUGCCAAAGUCGAAUGCCAACCUAACAGGCGGUGGUGAUCACAUCGCGACAAACGCAUCCUCGACGGCGGAUCAAAAUUCAAAUUCAAAUGAGAACCAGUCCAUGGUUCGGCGUUUUCGUGUGAUCGACCAAUGUGCGGCGGUGGAUUCAAACCAUGCGAACCUGAGUCCUCGCCAUAUUAGGGCUAACGAUGAGCUCGGUGACCAGUGGUGGUUCUUUGAGUGAAUUCGAGUGGAGGAGCGGAUUGACAAUGGAUGCAGAAUAACAUAGAGU